AUGGUGCGCUAUAAUAUCUACAACCUUGAGAGUGCAUCUAUGCUACAAUCUGAGCUUCGUGCAGCGGUGCAUGCGAUGAAAGAGGUCGAUCCUUACGUCUCUCAAAGUUCGGAUGUAGCGAAGCAGUCCACGAGGCAGCAGCCCGAGGCAGCACUUGCGCUGUCGACUCCCAGUGUCGAAAGCUUCCGGAAAGAUUCAGUGCAGCGUUCGAAAGAAGAGAAGAUCGAGACUUCGACGUACUCCCAGCCCCAGACCAAGCCAUGUUGCAUCUUCAGGCAGAAUAAUGGACGGAUCCGAGCCCAGUAUCGCCAUCUGUUCCCAGUCAAAAAGAAGAGAUGGAAUAGAUGCCAACCUGCUUCUCUAAGGCUGCACCCGCAGUCUGGGAGCUCCAGAAUCCUCCAAAGCUACAGGCGAGCGAAGUCAAAGGAGGUGCAGAAGGAAGAGGACCAUGUCGUGCAUAAACAUAAUUGGGAUCGCGCGAAAACAGCUGCUUUAGAGUUGCACCAGACGAUCAAGAGGAGCGGCCCUCAUCGAAAGAGUGAACGAGCAGCAACUCUCCAGCGGGGCAAACCAGGGCAUGGAGAGUGGAGAGUGCUCGCUUUGUUGACCGACCCGAGAUUGGCAAAGAUGCGGAAUUUUGAAAAUCGAAAUAAGCUGAAGGGACUGCCAAUUCCGACGAAAGAGGCUUAUGGUUGUCCACUGACCCUGUUGAAGAUUUUCUGGGUGAAACACAAGAUGGACAUGGAAUCGAGGCUGCUGCUAUGCAAUUGGGAAAGACAACUCCUUGAUUCGGGGUGGGAUUUUGCGGCAGAGCACCGUCGCGACGAGGCGAGAGCUUUGGCGGCUGUGGAGAAGGCGAGAGAAAAGGUGUGA